AUUGUAAAAAAAAAUAAUAUAAAUGAAGUUGGUGUGAUGGAUCCAAAACUCGUUCGAUGAACACCAAAGUCUGAAGUUUUUAUUUUCCUCGGAAACCGAGUUUGAGAAGAACAUGCACGGACGACCUCGCAAAGCUCCGAAGCCGGAAGACGAAGCAGCUUCUUCAGCAAAAGCCCAGAAGCUUCGGGCUCUUCAAUCUCAGUUCCUCUCUCACCACCAAAAUCGCACUUACUCAAAGGAAGCUCUGGAUGUCAGCGCCAAGCUCCUCGAGAUCAAUCCUGAGUCUUACACGGCUUGGAAUUACAGGAAACUCGCUGUCCAGCACAACCUCGCUCAGUCCGACUCGGAUCCUGACUCGGUCAAGUCCAUUCUCGAUGCUGAACUCCGAGUGGUUGAGAGUGCUUUGAAGCAGAAUUUCAAGUCUUACGGAGCGUGGCACCAUCGGAAAUGGGUGCUAAGCAAGGGGCUUUCGUCCAUAGAUCACGAAUUGCGGCUUCUGGAUAGGUUACAGAAAAUCGAUUCCAGGAAUUUCCAUGCCUGGAAUUACAGAAGAUUUGUGGCAGCACUGAUGAACAGAUCAGAGGAGGACGAACUAAGUUACACAACUGAUAUGAUAAAUACCAAUUUUAGUAAUUAUUCUGCAUGGCAUAAUCGCAGUGUGCUUCUGCCUUCUUUGUUGGAAAGGAAGGUUCAAGGGUUCUUCCCAAAAGAGGAGGCUUUGAGUUAUGAAUACGAGCUUGUUCACCAAGCAAUUUUCACAGAUCCCGAUGAUCAGAGUGGUUGGUUUUAUUAUCUUUGGCUUCUUGAUCAAACUUUGAAAACUGAUGCUCCUCUACUUGUUUCUUCUUUUCCUGCUUAUGGUUCCGAUAUCAUUCUAUCAAGAGAUAGGCGCUUUGAUGAGUCUCCAUUACACAGUUUCCAUUCCGAGUCAGGAACAUUUCCACUUGUUCUUUAUUUCAAUGAAGCUGUUGAAGGUGUGAGCUCUGCUACAGUAAUGGUUGAAUCUUCAUUUUGCACAAACAAUGAUCUUAUAUGGAAACCUCUUUCCAUAAAUAACUCUAAUGCUGCUCGAGUCUGGGUUGCACAUGUGAAAUUUCCUGACAAGGAACUCCAGCAAGCUUAUCCUAUGGAGGUUAGGCUUGGACAUUCUCAAGGCAUUAUUUCAUCUGGUGGCUUUGACUAUAACCAUCAUACUCAGAUAGCCUUCAAAGUUUGUGCACGGUCUCUUGAAACAGAAACAAAUGAAGAGCAUGAUGAAAAGAUGAUUUCAUGGAAAGAUGAAAUUUUUCAUAUUUUGAAAACACAAUCUCGGGAACCAAAUCCAUUUAUUUCGUUUGGUCAGCUUACUAUUGAUGCUGACCAUGAGGCCACAACCUCCGAGUGGCGUGAGGAGACAAUAGCUAAUGAAAUAUCCCUCUUUAGGGAAUUGUUGUCGGAGAUAAGCUGUAAAAUUGGAAAGCUUACACUUGCGAGGCUGUUGAGUGCUCAUGAUGCUAUUUUGUAUCAAUCUUCUAAAAAAACAAUCCAUUCUGAAGAAAUUCUUGGACUUUAUAGUGAUCUGGAAAAGUUAGAUCCCCUUCACUCACGGUACUACAAGGACGAACACAGCCUAGUACUUCUUCAGCAGGUUACUUCCAAUUGGGAGUCUUUGUUGAGACAUUCUUAUCACUGUAUAGAAUCGACUUUGUCAUGUCUUGGUAACUCUGUUUGUUUACGUCUAAAUAACUUAUCAUUAUCACGGAUGGGAUCUACAGAGAAUUUAUUGUGGGUCCAAAUGCUGGAUCUCAGCCACAACGAACUUCGAUCAAUUGAAGGAUUGGAGGCCUUGCAGCUUCUCUCUUGCUUAAAUCUGAGUUACAACAAACUUCCUAGUGUUACUGCUCUGGGCCCUUUAAGAUUGUUGAAGUCACUUAAGGUGUUGAAUGUCUCCUACAACGAGAUAGGUUCACACUCAACUGACACGACGAGGUAUCUUUGUCCUUCUCCACUGUCUCAUACAGAAGAAGUUGAUUGGGAGCGCAACGAGAUUGUUACUGAGGUUGACAAUCUGUCAAAAUAUUGGGAGGCGUUUCUGAUAUUUAAAGGACUGAACCUGAAGCAAUUAGAUAUUUCAGGCAAUGCGAUCGCCAGUGCACAGUUCAAGUCGUUUUUGGUCAGUUUUCUGCCUACCCUAAAGUGGCUGGAUGGUGCACUGUUGCUUUAGUAUUGAGUUGUCCGUUGAUAAUUUAUAUUUCGCCAAUUCUUUUGCAGCGACCUUUUACGAUGUAACAAUUUGUUAGAAAAAUGUAUACCUUAUUGGGUACUAGUCUGGAAAACGAGAUAUUCUCACUCGGCUGUUUUGACGACUUUGUUUUCUCUCU